AUGGGUUCUUGUAUAAGUAAAGGUAAAGAUUCAGAUUCAGAAGCAGAACAAAAUGGUUAUAGAUAUGGUGGUAAUUCUGUUGUGAACAAUCAUAGGAAUAAUGAAAAAGUCAACCAAACAAGAACAUCAACACAACCUAGUACUUCUAAUCAACCUCAAAAACAUGUUUCAUCAACUCAUAUGAAACCUUCAUCUGUUUCUGUUCCAAGUCCAAAGCCUUUUAUGAAGCAAGAAACAAACACAAUUCUAGGAAAAGGUUUUGAGGAUGUUAAGGAUUUUUACACACUUGGUAAAGAAUUAGGUAGAGGGCAAUUUGGGGUAACAUAUUUAUGCACUGAGAAUUCAACUAAGUUACUUUAUGCUUGUAAAUCAAUUUCAAAGAAGAAACUUGUGAGUAAAUCUGAUAGAGAAGAUAUAAAGAGAGAGAUUCAGAUUAUGCAGCAUUUGAGUGGUCAACCAAAUAUUGUUGAAUUUAAAGGUGCUUAUGAGGAUAAGAAUUCUGUUCAUGUUGUUAUGGAACUUUGUGCUGGUGGUGAACUUUUUGAUAGGAUAAUUGCUAAAGGACAUUAUAGUGAAAGAGCUGCUGCUUCUAUAUGUAGACAAAUUGUUAAUGUUGUUCAUAUUUGUCAUUUUAUGGGUGUUAUGCAUAGGGAUCUCAAGCCAGAGAAUUUUUUGUUGUCUAGUAAAGAUGAAAAUGCACUUAUUAAGGCAACAGAUUUUGGUUUGUCUGUUUUCAUUGAAGAAGGAAAGGUGUAUCGCGAUAUAGUUGGGAGUGCUUAUUAUGUUGCUCCAGAAGUUCUUCGGCGAAGAUGUGGGAAAGAAAUAGAUAUAUGGAGUGCAGGAGUAAUAAUAUACAUCUUACUUAGUGGUGUCCCUCCAUUUUGGGCUGAGACUGAAAAGGGAAUAUUUGAUGCCAUAUUAGAAGGUCAUAUUGAUUUUGAAAGUCAACCAUGGCCUAAAAUAUCAAAUAGUGCCAAAGAUCUCGUUCGUAAGAUGCUUAUACAGGAUCCGAAGAAACGCAUUACUUCUGCUCAGGUUCUAGAGCAUCCAUGGAUUAAAGAUGGAAAUGCAUCUGAUAAGCCAAUAGACAGUGCAGUUCUAUCUAGAAUGAAGCAAUUCAGAGCUAUGAAUAAACUAAAGAAACUCGCCCUCAAGGUCAUUGCUGAGAAUAUGUCAGAAGAAGAGAUCCGCGGUUUGAAAUCAAUGUUUACGAAUAUGGACACAGACAACAGUGGUACAAUCACCUAUGAAGAACUAAAAGCAGGUUUGCAAAGACUUGGAUCAAAGCUUUCUGAGGCUGAAGUAAAGCAACUUAUGGAAGCUGCUGAUGUAGAUGGAAAUGGAACAAUUGAUUGCAUUGAAUUCAUCACUGCUACAAUGCAUAGACACAAGUUAGAAAGAGAUGACCAUCUUUACAAGGCCUUCCAAUAUUUUGAUAAAGACAACAGUGGGUUUAUUACAAGAGAUGAACUGGAAACUGCCAUGAAAGAAUAUGGUAUGGGAGAUGAUGCCACAAUCAAGGAAAUCAUAUCUGAAGUUGAUACAAUUAUAUUUGAAGUGGAUACAGAUCAUGAUGGUAGAAUCAACUAUGAAGAAUUUUGUGCAAUGAUGAGGAGUGGAAACCAACCACAAGUCAAGCUGUUCUAAAUUUCGCCUCGUAAUGAGUCUACAUGUCCGACAUCAAGAACACUCGAAGCGAAGAGGUUUAUAGUUCUGAGAAGUAUACAUCUAAACUAUCAUAUCAUUGAUAUGCAUGUAAAGUUUUUUUUUUUGAACAGUUUUUGAAUUGAGUUAUUGUGUUCCACAUGACGGUUAGCGAUCAACUCUCUUGUUAAAUUUACUUUUUUGUUUCUUUUUCUUUCUGUAGACAUUCUAUUGCUGAGUCAUCUUCAAAUUUGUGUUAGACACCAAUUACAAACUCACAUAGCAAAGUUGAUACUUCACAUAAGGCCUAAAAGAGACAAUACCUCGAUGCAACAAAAUUGAGGUCGGGACAAAAGUCAAGCAAAAAUUUGUUUUGGAUGCUCUUUCUAGCCCUUCAGUGUCUAGUUCAGCAAAUUUGUUUGGAUAAUGAUUGUGAUAAAUAGAAAAUAGUAUAACCUUAGUUCAUUAUUUGAUGACAAGUACAUUAUGCCACCAAGACUAUUAGGAGUUAAAUUGGUUUGAUUCUCACAAUGAAAAUGCCAUUGUAGGAACAUUGAAGUGAGAUUUGUGUUUGCAAUAGGACCUCUAAAUUUGAAUAAUAAAUUCAAUGCAUGUAUCCAAUUCAUGGUGAUUCCAAAAAAGAAAAAACAAAUUAUGUUUA